GCUCGGGUAUAGGAUUAGACGCCCGGAGGGCCUGGACGCAGCCGUUCUUGUUUGCCGUUGUAGCUGCUUCCAGCUCUGUCUCCAGGGGGGCAGUUCCCCAAAGUCAGUCUCUGAGGUUUGUCCGCGGCCGCUCCUACAACCUCCACCAUGGGCCUGGAGCUCUACCUGGACCUGAUGUCCCAGCCCUGCCGUGCUGUCUACAUCUUCGCCAAGAAGAACAACAUCCCCUUCCAGCUGCGUACCAUAGAGUUGCUCAAAGGCCAGCACUACACUGAUGACUUUGCCCGGGUGAACCCAUUGAGGAAGGUGCCCGCUUUGAAGGAUGGGGACUUCGUCUUGGCAGAGAGUGUGGCCAUCUUGCUCUAUCUGAGUAGGAAGUACAAGGCCCCUGACCACUGGUACCCUCAGGACCUCCAGGCUCGAGCCCGUGUAGAUGAGUACCUGUCGUGGCAGCACACAGCCCUCCGGAGUUGUUGCAGCAGGGCCAUGUGGCAGAAGAUGAUGUUCCCUAAGUUCCUGGGGCAGCCGGUGCCCCCAGAGACGUUGGCAUCCACUUUGGCUGAACUGGACAGGUGCCUGCAGAUGCUGGAGGACAAGUUCCUGCGGGACCAGGCCUUCCUUACGGGAUCCCAUAUCUCCGUGGCUGACCUGAUGGCCAUCACAGAGCUGAUGCACCCCGUCAGUGCUGGCUGCAAAAUCUUCGAGAGCAGACCCAAACUGGAUGCCUGGCGUCAGCGCGUGGAAGCUGCCGUGGGGGAGAACCUCUUCCAGGAAGCCCACGCAGUUGUCCUGAAGGCCAAGGACAUGCCUCCUUUGAUGGACCCUGACUUGAAGGAGAAACUGAAGCUCUCGGUGCAGUGUCUGUUAUAUUGAGGGAGUGGCCCAAACCUGUGGCGCCAUCAAGGGGAAACUCUGGGCUGUGCAAGUGAAGAGAUGAGGCAGACUGUCCCCGCGGCUGUCACUAGGAUGUGGAGUCUCUCUCUGGUCCAUAAUUUCCUUUAGGCCUCAUCAGUUUUCCUCAUCAGGAAAGCCCUGGGGAAACACUUGCUUUGAAACUUUACAAACCAUUGAACCUGUAAAGCUUGCCCCACCCUCCAUGUCACACCUUUCUGGCUGCAUUCACUUCAGGCCCCUCUUCUGCUCUCCAGUUGCUCCCCACCCCAUGCCCUUCCCUUAUUUUUUGACAUUUGGCACUUUGUGUCCCCUUUGGGUCCUCGUUCCCAGUGCUUCCCUUCCUCUGUUUUGGCAGGCAGGAUCUAUGACCCCUGGCUUGAACACUUGUCACAGAUCAGAAGGCCUUUGUCCUCUGGGUCCUUCUCCCUCUGGGGUGAUGCUGCCUGCCAUAAUAGGGUAUAGGGUUGGUUCAUGAAGUUCUUUGCAGGGUGGAAGUUUCUGACAGUGUCCUGACUUUCCAAAUUCUGCCAAGCAGUGCUGCUUGUCCCAAGUCUCCUUGCCCUGGCUGCUGUCUUCUGAGUGUCUCUAACUCCAAAUUGUCAGGCUACUUAAUCUUGUGCUGUAGGACCUCUGGUCUGUGCGUUACCUAAUAAAUGAAUUGCUAAUAGAACAACAA